GAUUGUUUGCAUAAUUUUGUUUUGUUUCAGAAUUGAGACUUUUGGGAGGAAGAAGAAAGAAAUUUGUUUUCUGAAGAAGGUGGAGGUGCCAAGAGAAUUAUCUUAAUCCUUGUUCCUCCUCCUCCUCUUCUUCUUCCUCAUUGGUUGUUUAUGUUUUUAUAUAUAAUCUAGGUUUUGUUAGUCCAACUCUAUCUUUCUCUCUCUUGAUUUCAACAACUUGGUUUCAAGUUCAUAAACAAGAGAGAGAAAGAAUUGUUAGUCUCCAUGAGUAGGUUAUGUUAUCCCAUAACCCCAAUUGGCUAUCUAUUUAUCACCUCCAUCCAUUUAUACUCCUAGAAACAACAAAUCUAAAGGCAACACAACACAAAUAGUACCUUCUAAAUGCUUCUAUACUUGCUCAUCACUUGUCUCUCUUUCUUCUUCUUUUCCAAAUCUUUAUCCUUUCCUCAAUGGGCAUCUAAAACCAAAAAUUUGCUCUCCUUCUACUUCUCCAAGUAUUUGUUUACAAACAGUCUACACCAGAUCACACCCGAUCUAGCCUCUCCGGUGCUCGGAAAAAUGUCAAUUCUUGACCUCCCUGACCUUCCACUCGACUGCAUUCUUGAACUUCUUCCACCCUCUGAACUAUGUACCAUGGCUAGGGUCUGUAGCUCGUUAAGAGAGAGAUGUGUAAGUGAUCAUUUAUGGGAGAAACACUUGAAGACUAAAUGGGGAAAAAUCCUUGGACCUUCUGCUCACAAAGAAUGGCAAUGCUAUCUAUCUUCUCCAUAUCAUCUCGAUUCUCCUCAUCACAAAACUAGUCAUCUUGGUUUGGCCAAAAUCAUAUCUCUUAUGCGAUCGCUUUCAUCCAUUUUUCGAGAUGAUGAUCAUAGGAGGAGAUAUCCAUCUUCAAUCCCUCUUGACUCUACCAUGAACUUCUACCUAUCCCUCGAAACAGGUCGCUUUUGGUUUCCAGCUCAAGUUUACAACCGUGAGAAUGGACAUGUAGGGUUCAUGUUGUCAUGCUAUGAUGCUGAGCUCAGCUAUGACACUGACACUAAUACUUUUCAAGCUAGGUAUCCACCACAUGGUAAAAGAGCAAUUGCGGUUGAAAAAGACGUGACAUGGGAGAGGAUAAGAGCAGCUCCCGUUGAUGCAUCACCCCAUAAUCUCUAUGUGUCAGAUUCUCUAAAUGAGUUAAAACCCGGAGACCACAUAGAGAUCCAGUGGAGAAGGAACAAAGAGUUUCCUUAUGGAUGGUGGUAUAGUGUUGUUGGACACAUGGAAUCUUGUGAUGGCAAUCUAAACCAUUGUCAAUGCCAUAAUAGCGAGAUGAUGGUGUUGGAAUUUAACCAGUACACAGUCGGAUCAAGGUGGAGAAAAACGAUGAUUAACAGGAGAGAUCAUAGAGAGAAAGGUAACGAGGAAGACGGGUUCUAUGGAGGAAUUCGAAAAAUAAAUUGUAAAGAAGAUAUUGAAAUGUGGAAGCGUCUUUGGCCAUCCUCCAUCUUGGAGUAGGAUGAGUAGGAUGUUAAUCUUAGAAGUGUUUGCUCUUGUACCAAUGUACAAUUGAUCUUUCAUUAUUUAUUGAUAAAAUAGUAAAAAUAUGCAUGAAACUUUUGUGUCACUUGAAAAUGAGGUUGUUUGAUUUGAGAAGAAAUAUGGGGGUGGUGUUGUAUAGAUAUAUUCAAUACAAUUGAUUUAAAUAUAUAUGUCAUCAAAGUAGAUUUUGUUUUUUGAUAGUCCAUUCUGAGAAUUAUUUAGGUCUUAAUAUUGUUAAAUACAUUUUCUAUAAAAUGUAAAACACGCUCUUGUAUGUCAAUGUGUAUUUUUUUUUUUUUUGGGUACCUGAUGUUAUUGGAUGUAUGUUGACGGGCCAAAGCCCAAUUUGGGAUGCCUUAUUAAUGUUAA